GUUUGACUGGUUUUUGAUAUCGUGUGUAUGGUUUAGCACAUAAUAUUCAACGCUUUGUGCGUUCUAGAAACUGUCAUCUGAUUACUUUCUGCGCCUACAAUAACUUCUGGAUAAACGCAGUAUUAUUUUUAUUACCGGGAUCAGUUAAUGGAUGCUUCAUUGAGUUCCCGGUUCUUAAAAAGUUCGACAGGUGGUAGCAACUUUAAGAAAAAAAUGGGUAGGUUCCUAAUUAUACGAGCAAAUUUAAUCGGAGAAUUUACUCGUAGUAUUUAGGAGCUUUAACAGGUGACCCUUCCAGAUUUUUUAUGAGUAUUUGAUCAAAAUGAAAUUGGAUAUCAUACUAAUCAUAGUUUUCCUCAAACUUUUACCAAUCUAUUGUAAUCCUACGGAGCCUCUAAUAUAUGGCAUUCUCCCAGAUAUUUAUAAUUCAAUCAUUGAUAACAUUAUUGUACUUCCUUCUAAUAAACCUGUUCAUCUUAGUAUGUUCGGUUUAAAAAUGGAUUAUAUUAGUCAUAUUGCUUUUGCUUCAAUUAAAAAACCAUAUAAUUCAUCAUGUGAACAUGAACGUGUCACUAGUUCAUUCGAUGCUAUACCAGAAAAUUCUUUUGUCAGUACUAGUGUAAUUAGUUUACGUGAAUUAUCCAGUAAUGAAUUGGCUUUUUUCCUAUGUAUUCGUGUUACUUCUACUUCAUUAUCAAUAUCUGAUUCUGUGAAAAAUUAUACUCAUAUUGAUGGUAAAUGGCUUUAUGCUGGUGAUGGUAAUGGAGUGAACACUAUGUCAGAUUAUCGUUUAUCAUUUCGGACUACAAGUACUCUUAUGCCUUUAUGGGUUCAAAUCAUACUUAUUAUAUUAUUAUUUUUCCUUUCUGGUUUAUUCAGUGGUUUAAAUUUAGGAUUAAUGUCUCUUGAUAAAACUGAAUUGAAAAUUAUUGAAAGUGCUGGUUCACAUAAAGAGAAAAGUUAUGCCAAAGCUAUUCGACCUGUACGAGAAAAAGGAAAUUUAUUGCUAUGUACACUUUUAUUAGGUAAUGUACUUGUCAAUACAUCGUUAACAAUUUUAAUGGAUGAUUUAACUGGUAGUGGUUUAUUUGCUGUUAUUGGAUCUACCAUUGGUAUAACAUUAUUGGGUGAAAUUAUGCCACAAGCUGUAUGCUCACGUAAUGGAUUAGCUAUUGGUGCUAAAACACUUUGGCUGACAAAAUUAUUUAUGUUAAUUACAUUUCCUAUUGCAUUCCCUAUAAGUUUUUUAUUGGAUAAAAUAUUGGGUGAAGAAAUUGGUCAAGUUUAUAGUAGAGAAAAACUUGGAGUACUUAUACGUGAACAAGCAUUAGCUGGAACAGUUGCUACAGAUGAAAUGAAUAUUAUUACUGGUGCAUUAGCUUUAACUACAAAAACUGUAGCUGAUGUAAUGACACCAUUAUCUGAUGCAUUCAUGUUAUCUUAUUCAGCAAUAUUAGAUUUUCAUACAAUGAAUGAAAUUUUCUCAAAUGGUUAUACACGUAUACCAGUUUAUGAAAAUAAUCGACAAAAUAUCCGUUCUGUAUUAAAUGUAAAAGAUUUAGCAUUCAUUAAUACAGAUGAUAAAGUUCCAUUAUCAACUGUAUGUGAUUUUUAUGAUCGUCCAAUUAUUAUUGUAUUGGAUACAACUAAUUUAGAAAUGAUGUUAAAAGAAUUUCGUCAAGGAAGAGCUCAUAUGGCAUUUGUUGAACGUCUAGUAACAGAAGGUGACUGUGAUCCAUAUCGUGAAAUGAUUGGUCUAGUUACAUUGGAAGAUGUAAUUGAAGAAAUUAUUCAAGCUGAAAUAGUUGAUGAGACUGAUAUUUUAAAAGUUAAAUCAUUUGAAGAAAAGUAUGUUUGUUAUUCUGUAUUACAAAGUUUUCUGAAUGCAAAUAUUGUUGGUGAAUGUAUUUACAAUCCAAAAGAUGAUGAAGCAAAUACAUUGUAUCAUAUGGGUCAAUGGACAAAUUAUGCUAUUCUUUUAUUACAAGGACGUGCUACCGUGCAAAUUGGUGUAGAAGGAUUAAUUUUUGAAGCUGGACCAUUUGUUAUGUUCGGUGAAGCUGUUUUAAAACGCGUCAAUGAAUUAUUUCCAAAUCCUUCAGAAAAUAUGGAUCCAUCUUUUCAAUCAGCACGUUUAGCAUCAGAAGCUCGAUUUCUACCGGAUUAUAGUUUAAAAGCAUGUUCAAAUUUACAAUAUUUGAAAAUAUCAGCAGAACAUUAUUUAUUAGCUAGACGAUUAACUGUAUUGCAUCAACGGGCUAAUUCACCUCUUGAUGUCACUGGUAAAUAUCCUAUCAAUUUAUCUGAUAAAUUAAAUGAAAUGAAACCAUUGAAUAAUUGUACACAUUCAUCAUCAUCAACAUCAUCAUCAGCUUAUUAUGGUCAUGAUAUGUUUCAAAAUGCUUGGAAUCAUCAUAUUGAUCGUUUACAAAAAUCAUCAUUAGCAGCAGCUUAUGCUUCUACAAUUGAUCAUAAUCAUACUACUACUACUACUACUGAUAAUCAUAAUAAUGAUAAUCCUGGUAGUAAACCAGUAUUAUCAUCAUCAUCAUCACCUUCAAAUUGUACAACAACAACAACUACGACGACAACGGCGACGACCACUUCCUCUACGAGUACAACAAGUACUACUAAUACUACUACUAAUAGUAGUAGUAGUAUUUCUCCAACUACAGCUACUUCAGUGAAUGCAAAAAAUCGUAAAACAACAACAAAUUAUCACAAUAAUAAUAAUAAUAAUAAUAAUAAUAAUAAUAAUGCUGAAAAUGCUAUUCCAGAUAGUACUACUUAUAUAGUUAGUAGUAGUACAGCAUCUUAUCAUCAACCUCAUGGUACAGAUAGUAUUAGUGGUAAUAGUAAUAGUAGUAAUAGUAAUAAUAAGACUGAUAAAGUCAAUCCUCCCCCUCCUACUCAUCAUCGUCACCAUCAUAAUAAUAAUGGCACAACUAGUAGUAAUCAUACAACUAUCAGUGUUACUACUCCGACUACUCCGCCUACUACUGCUACUACUCCUAGCACUACUAAUACCACUUCUAGUAAUAAUAAUAGUAAUAAUAACAUUAAAUCAUCAUCAUCAUCAAAACUCUAUGUAUCCUAUGAAGAUUUAAAUAAAGCCAAACCUGAAGAAUUACAAGCAUUUGUUCCGUCUAGCUUAAUUCAUACUAAUAUGAAUAUUCCAUUUACAAAAUUUACUGAUAAUGGUAAUUCACGUGUAUGA